UGUAGUUUGGCAAAUCGCUUCUUCUCUUAUUUAGUUCCUUUUGUUUGCGUCCGCAAAAUCCCAAUACAUAGGUUCCAUUCCAUUUCACGUGCAAAGCACUGUCCAUUGGCAUUUUGUAUCUUCCUUCAGCUCAAACUGAAAGGCCUUUAAAAGCUCAAAAAACACUCUUCAAGAGCAUGCAACUUGCCAUUAUUUUUCAUCUUUGAAAACAUUGUGCAUGUGUUUGGCUAUGGCACUAGAAGCAGUAGUGUAUUCCCAACCACAGGACCCGUUUGGCUUUGGAAUCAAAGACCCCUACAACUUGUUAGAAGGUGUUGGAGGCAACUGGGGCUAUGGAGAUUUCAACCUUGAACAACAAGACCAAGCUUGUGUCUCUUUUCUCGAGAACCAAACAGAGAAUUACCCUUAUGGAGAUCAAUGGAACAUGUUACCCCACAUCACUGCUUCAAAUCCUCCUUCUUCUGAGACCAGCAACACACACAACAACAACAACAACAACAGCAACAACUUGGAUAGCUCAACUUCCACCCCUGCUCGUCCCAAAAGGCGCAGAACCAAAAGCAGAAAGAACAAGGAAGAGAUUGAGAACCAGAGAAUGACUCACAUUGCUGUAGAGCGCAACAGAAGGAAGCAAAUGAACGAGUAUCUCUCUGUUCUUCGCUCCCUUAUGCCUGAAUCUUACGUCCAAAGGGGUGAUCAGGCAUCUAUUAUUGGGGGUGCUAUCAACUUUGUGAAGGAGCUUGAGCAGAGGCUGCAAUUUCUUGGUGCUGAGAAAGAGAAAGAGGGGAAAUCUGAAGUGCCCUUUUCUGAGUUCUUCUCCUUUCCACAGUACUCAACAAGUGCAAGUGGUGGCUGUGAGAAUUCUGCAGCGAUGAGUGAGCAAAAGGGUGAGGCUCAGUCUGGCAUUGCUGACAUAGAAGUGACAAUGGUAGAGAGCCAUGCAAGUCUCAAAAUAAGAUCCAAGAAACGCCCAAAGCAGCUCUUGAAAAUAGUCUCUAGCUUGCAUUGCAUGCGCCUCACAAUCUUGCACCUAAAUGUCACCACCACUGGGGAAAUUGUCCUCUAUUCUCUCAGUGUUAAGGUGGAAGAAGAUUGCAAGCUGGGAUCAGUGGAUGAGAUUGCUGCAGCUGUAUACCAAAUGCUGGAUAGGAUUCAACAAGAAUCAAUGUUGAAUUAAGAUCUGAAGUUGAGCUAAUUUGGCACAAUUUUUUUUAACCUGAUCAAGACCUUAUUAUAUUUCUUCUUUUUUUUUUUUUUUUUUUUUUUCAAGUUGUACCUAAUUAUUGCAACGGCUGUUGAUCCUUUUUUAAUCUACUGAAGCGCCUUGAUCGAUGUGGGGCUCCUUGGAGGAAGUUUUUGGUUUAUUCCUUCUUACGUUGUCUUUUUAGCUACCUAUAUAUUUUUGAUCUUUUUCUCUUUCUCUCUCUCUCUCUGUACUUUGGGUGGAGAAGGUUGUAGCGUGUUGUGCUUGAGACACAUUUAAGUGCUCGGUCAAUUCUUCCUACUUUGCUUUAGUAGAGGUAGGCCAUCUCAAUCUCAAACACAAGCCAAAUUGUCAAGCCCAAAUGCAGAAUAUCUCAAAGUAACUUUGAAUGAAAAAGAUUGCCAAAGAUUUUAGGA